CUACCAAUCACUGCAACUACAACAUCAAUAUCAUCAUCAUCGAUUUUCUUAAAUCUAUUUGUGUUCUGUUGAAAGCAAGACUCAACAUGCCUAACUUGCGCAAGCGCCGAAACGAUAGCACUACUCAACAGGUCGAAUCACGAACUGCCACCGCUUCUGUGUCGACUCGAAGUACUCGGGCUAAGAACCGCAUACCUGUUACUUCUGAACUUGCACCCCCGGCGAAACGAUCUAAACGAACCCAAGCCAGUCAAAAUCCUACCAGCAUUGAUCCUCCAUCACCCAGUCAACAAAUAGAAGAUGUUCUUCCUGAUUUGACCCUCGCAGCACGGUUGGCUCCACCUGAUCAGGAUGAUAGUACACGCCCUACGCAAGAUGCUAGUCAGCGUCAAGACAACUCAACACGCUCGACACAGCCUCGGUUGGCUACCUUACCUGAUCGUAAUGACCCCACUUUCCCAACUAUCCACAAUUACAAAGAACAUCUGCUUCGCUGGCCUCAGGGCAAGAUUCGCAAAUAUCUUUCGGUCCAUCGUUCCGAAUUAAGCAACCGACCGAGCCAAGCCAUUCAAACAGAAUUGAAAUUGGCAUAUCAAACAUUUGAACACACACUUCUAAUGAUAGCGAUGGUAGGCAAUAUCAGUGAAAAGACCAUGAGAAAACAGGUGCCUGAAUCACGAAACAAAAGGCGUAAAGGGGGCUACAGCAUCUACCGGCGAUUUGGAAAGAAGCCUUUAAGCGAAAGUAUGUCUGAACCUGGCCAGAAGGAUGGAGUCCUUUCACUUCGAAACAAACGCAACGGGUGUAGAUGGUCUUCCCUCGACAAAGAUAGCAAGGAUGUAUUCAAACCAAAAAUCUUCUUUGCAUUAGCCGGCCUUCCUAUUCCACGCGAUUACAUCGACAAAAAAAAACUCGAUUUGACGACUGGGGAUAUACAUCAGAGCGGUGACCAUUCCCCUCCAAUUCCGGCCAUUUCUGCGGAGGAUGAAGCUUUAUACCGUCCUAUCUAUGAAGAAUUAGUCGAUGAGUCCAAGGUCCUCACGCUUCUAAAGCCGAAGGCCAUGGGAGCGACUGUAGCCAAAACUCAACGCCGUGCCCAGAAAAUGCUCAAAGAGAUAGCUGGCGAUCUUGCUCAUGAGCGAAAAGAUUGCAACAUGGCUUACUACCUGCUAGGUGUCAGCACUGAAAUGCCUGGCAAAGGUAAAGGAACUCCGUGGUCGGUGGAGUACUCCUCGCAUCCACAGGUAGGAACCUGGGCCAAUGACCAAUAUGGCUUUCGACGGGUUUUUGCUGCGUAUGCACAGGGUGCCUCAAUGGGUGAGGCCAUUGUAUCUUCUAACAAGGACACUCUUGGCACGUGUACAAGGACAAAAUUGACAGCUGGCACUUCUGGGGGUCAAUCUUGUGAUCGAGUGAAAGGAAGGCUAUCACAUUUACUUCGACUUCUCAUAACAAAAGCCAACGGUUCAACACCUCCCCAAUCUUUCCCUCAGACUGCCAAUCCUCAGCAGUCUCUAUAUCGACGUAAUCUGGAUUUUGAUAUUGUACAGCUUGAGGGGUCUCAACUCUCCAAGGAAGCGUUAGAGAAAGGCUUUAGAGGAAUGACUACCCAGGAUCGCCGCAAUUGGAUCACUGACUUGGAGCAAGCGCUGUUUUGCUUACGCAAAGAUCCUUACUCCGAAAAUGUAGGUCUAACGCCAUCAGAUAUUGUGGAAGAAGCCGACAAGGAUGCAUCACCAACUGGAAAACAAAUAACUAAGCCAAAAAGUAGUGCGACCAAGGGAGCAGGAAUUCAAGAUGAGGAAGAUGAGGAAGAUGAUGAGGAAGAUGAUGACAAUGAGGAGGAGGAAAACGAUGAUGAUGAUGAGGACGAUGAUGAUGAUGAUGAUGAUGAGGAGGACAAUGACAAUGACGAUGACGAUGAUGAGGACAAUGACGAUGAUGAGGAUGAUCAGGAUCAGAGUAAUGGUCAGGGUUGAAUUUGUUCAGCUUUCUCAAGUAAUAUUUCUUAGUCAAUCUUUUGAACC